UUGUUUUCUGUUUCAGGUGGCGAUGAACAGCCCGGAAUCCGAACUAAUGCCACGAUUUGCCUCGGGAAAAUUGCAUGUUAUAUUGAUCCCUCUCAACGUCAGAGGAUUCUGAUCAACGCAUUCACCCGCGCUUUCAAAGAUCCUUUCUCACCGGCCCGGAUUGCAGCAGUUGUAGGACUUAUCGCCACACAGCAGUACUAUUCAUUAGUGGAAAUUGCCAAUCGUAUUUUACCUGCCCUAUCACCGAUGACAAUUGAUCCCGACAGUAUGGUUAGGAAGCAGAGUUUUGCGGCAUUGCAUGGUUUCAUUGAAAAGCUGGAGAAGGCAAGCGAAAAUCCCGAAUCGAUACCAGAACUUGAGGCACAAGUAAAUGCUGGUGGAAAGAGUGGCUUGCUAAGUAGUGAUAAGGUGCCAAGAUGGGCAGCUUGGGCGGUACAAUCGAUUUCGGGUAGAUUUUAUAAAAGUCCUACACCGACGCAAAAUCCAGCCGUGACAGAAAAUAAGGAGCAAACAUCUGAAAAUGAAUCAGCACCAGAGGCAAGACCGAAAUCGCACGAAUCGGCAUCGAAGAAACACGGGGAUGAUGGCUGGGGCUCCCUGGAUGACAGUACACUGUCUGCUGAAAGUGAUGAGAAAUGGGAAGAUGCCGAUGACACUGUGCCAAAGGCCAAAAAAACCACUGAUGGAUGGGAUGACGAAUGGGAAGGAAUCACGGCAACAGAAACUAAAAAAUCAUCCGUUGCAUCGCUGGUUGAUUCGAAAAAAUCAGUGCCAAAAAAAGGCGGCUUGAAAUUGAAAAACGCCAUCAAAAAGCCUGCAGAUGAAGACGAUUUGGAUUAUGCAUUGGGUAUUAAACAGGAACCGAAUUUGGCAGCGAAUAAAUUAGGUACUGAUGGAAAUUCAGAUAAAUUUGCUGUGAACCAGAACACAGUGUCGAGUAGUUGGGAGUGUGACAUCUCAUCGAGUGGAUGGGAUGAUUUUGUUACCGAUUCAGGUUUGUAUCGGAUUAUGCUUUUUUUUUUUUUUGUCUUAUCGACUCAUUCCUUCACCAACCUCUCGGGACUUUUACAGUGCUUGUACCACUCAGCUCAGUGAUU